AUGGACGCUAUCAUACAGGAGUUGGAGAAUUGUAAGGCUCAUGCUAAUAAUGCGGGUACUUUGUCACAAGAAAGUUCCGAGAGAUACUUAGAUCUACUCAUUACUUCAUUGUUUUCCCAAGAUGCUGUUGAAAGAGAUGAUAAACUACUUCUAAUUGGUUUAGGACAUCUCUCUGACAUGGCCUCUGUGGAGACAUGGAAACAAAGGCUCUCACCAGAUCUGAUAAAUAAAAUAUACGACCUCAUAAUAUCGCAGCAAAGUGAUGAUUUGGCUACAACUCAAGCGUCUACAUCCAUAUUAACUAAGUUAUCACAAAUAUGUCUCUCUAAUUCUCCUGAGGUUGAGGCUUUGCUUGAGCACUUGUGCAUUUCUUUACAAACUAACAAUAAUAUAUUGACACUGCUACAUUUUCUACUACAGAAGUACAACAAGAAUAUGAUGAUAUGUUUCAAAAUCGUCAAUUACUUAUCGUUGCAUAUCGAAUGUCUUGUAAAGUGGUGUUCUCGGGGCGAAAAAACUGCUAUACAAAUCGCGACCGCAACAAACAUAGCGUUGAAAGAUAUUGGUAUCUUAGAUGAAAUUGAUGUCAUAUUGAAGAGCCAGAAAAGGGAGUCCAGCAUUAUCAAUGCAGUGGAUGCGUUUAUAAAAAGCUUUAAACGAUUAAAGACAUGUUUAGUUGAACUUGACCCUCUAGAAUAUGAAAUUGAAACAGUACAGCAAGUAAAAGCACUUAUUCAUCAGCUUUUUGAUGUUUAUGAUGUUACCAAGGAAAGAUUCAGCAAGUCAAAUAAGGAAUGCGAAAACUUGGCAGGGUUGACUAUAAUUGAAAUUCUUAACCUCAGAUUUGCUCUUAUACAAAAUGAUCUAACGUUCAAGAAGCAAUUCACAGAGCAGUUAAUGUUUCAAGAAAAUCCCUUACCACUUCUGAAGUCCAUUUCCGGUAUCUCAGAUAUCAUUUGGAAAUAUCUUGAUAUGUCAAAUGAUCAGAUUGAAACAAAACCAUAUAAGAAGCACUUUAUUUUACAUUUUAAGGAGAUUAUAAUUUCCUUACUUAAUAUGUUAGCAAAAAUGUGGGAGAUAUCCAAGAGCGGGACUUUAGGUGAUCUUGAGUCCUUACUAGGUCUGGUAAGAAUUCUGAUUUUAAAGGUUGACAAGAUUUGCCAAACUGAAGAAGAUUCAUUUUUGGAAUUAUUCAGUGAAAUCUGCGAAACUUCGAGUUACGAAGACUUAAGGCAGUUACAAGUGGCACAGUGGAGAACCAAACAAUAUCAAGACUGGGCUGAUGAUAUCUCUAGCUUUGACGAAAUCUUACGAAACCAAGUUCAGGAAUUUGUUCGUUAUCAGAGAUUAUUGUUAAUGCAAAAAGGUACAUGGGUAUAUUCUGAAAACCCAAUAGAAGCCAAGGACAAACUCCCAAAAGUGUCUUUCAUUGCACUCUCUGAUAACCAAAUGAACUUCCUAAUAAGAGAGUUCAAACAUAAAGUAGAAACAUCACCAUCAGUAAAUGAUAAUGAAAUCGAAUGCAUAGAUCGCUCUGCUCUUUUAAAUAACAAGACGUUGGUGAUUCCUUUAAAAAAUAUUGCAAAUAUUCAGAGUAGACAAAUUGAACUUGACCGUAAGAUACCUGAAGGAGCCAGAUUGAUUAAUAUUCUGCAGACUACAAUUUAUACGGAAGUUACAAUCUUUGAGAGAAAUGGAAAAAUUUUAUCAGUGUUUUAUCUGGAGAGUGCAAAAAGUUUCUACACAUGGUUAGAUGGUCUACAACUUUUGUCCCAAAACAAAAAUGCCAAACUCUCUUCUGAAACAGUUGAACAAAUAGACAUUUUAAUUGAGUUGAGGAGAAAUAUUCAACUUGCGGCAUUGAAUGAUAAAUUCAAAGAUGAACAGUCUGUUGAAUCUUUCUCUGAGGAAGAAGAUGAUGAACUAUACUAUAAUCAAGAUACCCUCAAACUACUUACCGAAAACCUUUAUUACGAAUGA